AGAUCGCUUGGGCUUACACGAGGUUCUCAAUUCUUGAGUUCUCAACCGCGAGCUGCGCUUUAUGAUCGAUUUGUCAAGAGCCGAAGCCAGUCUGUGCUGUUAAAGCCGAAUGCAGGAUCGAUCGGCUUUACCCAAGGAAGUGUUAGGAGAAUUGAAGAGUAAAGAUUUCAAAUUACUCGAAUAUGUGGGAUUUAUUAUUCGAUUUGAUCGUAGCAGGGGUUCAGCAACUUCGACAUGAGUACGGAACGCAAUAUAUUACGAAGGAAGAACUUUGAACGGUCUUAUGCUUUUAUCUUUAUUCUUCGUUCUACGACGCUUCAACGAAAAGACCGAUUGAGGAUUUUAUUGCCUGUGCCGUUAAGCAACGCCAAAAUAAGAAGAUAACUUUGGAAGGUAGAAUUUAAUGGAAAAAAUGAUGGCAUCGCAAAAUCAAAAUAUCAUUAACGUGGCUUCGCCAAGCCCGCCGCCGGUAGACGGUCAGUCAGGAGCUGUUGUAUCGAGUACUACAGUAUCUACCAUGAAGACACAAUCCGUUUCUUCCUCGUUGUCAGCGCAUACUAAUCAACAACAGCAGCUUCAACAGUCCAAUAACAUAGAACCACUUGACAAAAGUUCCUCUAACACUUUAAAGCGCAAUCCAAAGAUGGAGUUGAAUAAAACGGAUUUAUUAAAACUAUUAGGAUAUCUAGAAGGAGAACUUCAGGCUAGAGACAUUGUGAUAGCAGCUUUAAAAUCAGAGAAGAUGAAACAUCUUCUUAGUUCACGGUACCUUAGUAAUACAGCAGAUCCUCGCGCAGCACUUGCUCGCGAUGUUGCAAUUGUGGGCGGUGUUAUCGGAGCAGAAGGAAAUCAAAUUGAUCAACAAGUUGCCAGUUUGGAGGCUCUUGUAAUGCAACAAAGAAGAACUCAAUGUAGAAUGAAUAAAGUUCUUAAGGAUGCCGAACUAAGGCAUAGAGCUGUGAUAAAAGAACUAGAAGAAGAAAAACGUAAACACGAGCACGAUACUGCUCAAGGCGAUGACAUUACUUAUGGACUUGAAAUAGAAAGAACUAGAUUAAAAAAAGAAUUAGAAUUAGAAAAACAAGAAAAGAAAAGAAUAGAACUUGAAUUAAAAAAGAUGACCGACACGCUAGAAGAAGAGAAAGUCCGUCAGAAACAAAUAAUACUCUUACUUUUGGCCGAACGUAAAAAAAUAAUAAUGAAAUAUAUUGAGGAGAGAAAAAGAUCUGAAGAUUUGGCACAGAUAUUGAGCGAAGAAAAAGUAAGAAUUGAUUCUAUGGCUGAGGGUCUUGAAGAAGAAAGUAAGAAAUCAUUACAAAUGGAAGCAGAAUUAGAAAAACAAUUAGCACAGUUUGAUAUAGAGAGACAACAAUAUAGACAAGCUCUUAUUAAAGAGGAAAAGAGAGCAAAAGAUCUUGAAUUAGAAUUAGAAAAAUUAAAAAGUGAAGUAGAAGCAUGGAAAGAAUCACAAACGCGGGGUCUGCCAAGGGGUAUCGGGGCAACUCCACCACCGCCGCCUGCAAAACCAGCAAAUUUAAUUGCUAUGCCAACAUUGAGGCCAGCUAAUACAUCACAAACAAUUAAAACUUCGGUACUGGGAACUGGGACACCUAUGGUCAGUAGUAAAGUCGUCCAACCUACUGCAACUGUAUCUAGUGUUCCUGUCAGUGGACCAACAACAGGCAUAGCCAGAUCGGUGACACCCGGACAAGCAUUACGUGGAGUCACGUAUGUGCCUAAUAUACCACCAACGAGUGGUGAAACUGCAGUCCCAUCGGAAACACAGAAAAGUAAAAACAAUCUGCAUGAUGCACAAACGUCUAAUGCUAUGGACAAACGACCAGUUGUAGCUGUUCCUCCCAAUACCAGUGGGAUGGCUAAAUUAGUACCAUCAACGCAAACUGCAGGGAAGCAUGGUUUUCACGUUGGUUCUACACAAGCUGUUCAAACACCUGGCACACUAUCAUCAAAAAAACCACCUCUUUCUCGUGGCGUUCCUCCUCCAGUGCCACCUAAUAAACCAGUGGUACCACCUAAAAAAGAGGCAGCUUAUCUUAGGAGACCGGAAUUAUCUCAGUCAGCCCAGGAUACAGUUAAAUUUGGUAAACAGUCCUCAUCUCAUCCUACAAGCGGAACUGUUCCUUUGCAAGCGCAGCAAGCGAUAGCUGCUUCUACUCAAGCUCCUGACGAAGAGACAAAGCCACGUUGAUUUAUCAGCAAAUAAAACCACAAUCAUGUAUAGAAAUUUUACAAAGUCAAAAACCAUGUAUCGUGAGCAAUGCUUGGAAACUAUAUUGGGAAUAUAUACGUUGGUAUCAUUUUACAUUUAUAAGAUUGACGAAGAAUUCGGAUUCAUGAAGAUUUAUAUACUAGCUAAUUUCACUUUAUGUAAAUAUAUAUAUCAUAGUAGUACUGCACUUACAAUUGUAUACUUGCAGAGUAUUUAAGUGGAAAUUAAAUGUAUGAAGAAAUACAUUAGGUCAACUUCAUAGAUACUUUAGAGAUUAGGAACAUAUAUAUUAUGUUAGAUAAAUUAAUGCAGAAUAAAGAUCACGUAACUUUCGUCAA